AUGUUUUAUGAUUUAUUGCUGUUUGUCAAGAUCAUAUGCUUUCAUAAGCUUUUGUAUGUAUCUGCAUGUUUUGGCUUAUUUUCGAUAUGGGUGACACUUUGUAUCUGGUUCUUUAUUAGUAGUUUUGCUAUAUUUUAUAAGAUAUUUACAGGCUUGCUACUAAAAUUUCCCACUUCAUUCUUUUUGUAAGUGGGGAAUAUGAGAGCAUUGUUUAAAUAUACACAUGGACACAUUUUUGUUAAAUAUAAAGAUGCCUUAAAGGUGACAGUAUUAAAGUUUGUGUAGCACUUAGAACUUAUUUUUAUACCUGAAUUCCAUCUCUGUUUAUAUGAACUUUGUUUUUCGAUCAUAGACUGUUUGAAAUAAUUUAUUGUCUCGGCGAACUGAAGAGAGAAUUGGACGGGUAUCGUCAGGGAAAAAAUAAGCUGAGAGCUUCAUAGUGCUACAGAGUAAGAGAGUUGUAAUUAUAAAUUAUAAUUCCAGUAAAUCAACUAACCAUCAAUAGUUCACUUCUAAA